AACCCUCUAAUACAUUUUUUUCAGGAAGAAUAAACAAGCAAGAACUUUUUUUUAAAGGAAACCCAUGUUUGGAAGGAUAUCAGCUUCAUCCCGGCUUGUGAUUUUGGCUUUGAAGUAAAAAAAAAACUUGGUCAAUGUGCGAAGACAACUUAGCUGUAUGAAACAAUGACCACUGGACAGAAACACAGCCUGGGAGAACUAAUGUUGUGUAAAGAGGAUUUUAACAAGAAUCCUUACCCAGACUUCAACUGGUGGAAUGACACAGUGCCGCAGAAGAAAGCCGUAUUCCUACGCAAAGAUGAGCUGCCCAUUCCAAAACUUCCAGAUCGCUACCCUUACCGCUACACUUCCGCAGGGCCUUGCUCUGUGGGCAGAACAGCCAAGGAGAUGGACAUCUACAGAAUGUCAUAUAAGGUGUUGCCUAAAAUCAAAGCGGAAGACAAGUUGGAUGUGAGGAUGAUUAACCAGGUCAGAGGUUAUGAGACGACAAGCAUGACUGCAUCACUCCAACCAUUUCGGUCAUCUGCAGACCACCUACAUAUGGCUUCCAUAAUUCCUUUCGGUCUCAAUGAAUCUCUCUAUGUGCCGUUUCAAUCUCAGUCGAAAUUUGAUAAGUACGUAGUCAACUUGCUGCACCCCGGCUGGAGGAAUGAUCCGCUCUACAGACGGUGCAUCAAGUUUGGAUUCCAAGAAAGUCCAGAAGAUUCUGGGCCGACGGAAGUCUCACGAAGAUAAAAACUCGGAUCAAUGCAUACCAUGUCACAAGUCUUGUGGGUUAAUUAAAAUUAUCCCCCAAGCAUCAUUUUUCUUAAACCCAAGCUAAAAAUGUGUUAGCUGUCUGGGUAUAUUUUUUUGAAUUUGUAUACAUUAGGGUUUACUUGAUACACUUAUAAAUAUAAAUCACGUGACACUAUUCUAGAUUGUCAAGUAGUUAGGCUAGAGAAGAAAGCAGCAUAGAUUCUCUUACCAUCGUGAUCUUAUGACCUUUCCAUCUAUACAUUAUUUUACAUAUUUAAUAUCUCUUGUUUUGCCCAGAUAAUUUGGCAAAUAAAAA